CUCUUUUUUUAUAUAUAAUGAAAUUGUAUUCCAUCUUGGUUUUGCGUAAAGAUGCUGACAAGGCUAAAAUCCUUACUUCUCAAUUCGAUUUAUCCAGUUUUGGUUAUUUCCAGCGUGGCAGUGUUCAAGAGUUUAUGAAUUUCUCGGCAGCUACGAUUGCAGAACGCACACCUGCUGGUCAACGACAAAGCGUAGAGAGUGAAAAUAAUGUGGCUCAUGUGUAUACGCAUCCUCAAGGUAUCAGUGGCAUGAUUAUUAGUGAUAAAGACUACCCUUCUCGAGUAGCAUUUUCUUUAUUAAACAAGAUCAUGGAUGAAUUUCUUGUCAAGUUCCCUACAGACACAUGGAAAAAGGCAGAUACUUUGGACUACCCUGAAUUGGGAGAUUAUCUUGUCAAAUAUCAAGAUCCUCAACAAGCCGAUACCAUCAUGAAGGUUCAAAAAGAAUUGGACGAAACCACAGCUAUUUUGCAUAAAACCAUUGAUUCUGUACUUCAGCGUGGUGAAAAGCUUGAUUCUUUGGUGGAUCGAUCAGAGGCAUUAUCAAACCAAUCAAAAAUGUUUUACAAGACAGCCAAAAAGACGAAUUCAUGCUGCGUUGUCAUGUAAUUAAAUUAAAAAAAUUAAUCUUGAGGGGUACAAUCAGAAAUUAUUAGUUUAUAUAAAAUAAUAAUCGUGCACAAAUUAAAAACAUUUACGUUCAU